CCAAGGAAGGACGUUUCCCUCUCUAAAUGCAGGAGGAGAUGCAGAACAACGUGGAGGUGGUCCACACCUACCGCCAGCACAUCGUGAAUGACAUGAACCCCGGCAACCUGCACCUGUUCAUCAACGCCUACAAUAGCCGGCGGGACCUGGAGAUUGAACGACCGAUGGCCGGCUUGCACACAGGCACCCUGCAGUGUCCUGCCUUGUUGGUGGUCGGGGACAGUUCUCCUGCCGUGGAUGCUGUGGUGGAGUGCAACUCUAAAUUGGACCCAACAAAGACCACUCUCCUCAAGAUGGCGGAUUGUGGUGGCCUCCCGCAGAUCUCCCAGCCAGCCAAGCUUGCCGAGGCCUUCAAGUACUUCGUGCAGGGCAUGGGAUACAUGCCCUCUGCCAGCAUGACCCGCCUGAUGCGUUCCCGCACAGCCUCGGGCUCCAGCGUCACAUCGCUGGAGGGUUCUCGGAGCCGUUCCCACACCAGCGAGGGCAACCGGAGCCGCUCUCACACCAGCGAGGGCAACCGCAGCCGCUCCCACACCAGCGAGGGCGCCCGCCUGGACAUCACCCCCAACUCCGGUGCCAGUGGGAACAGCGCUGGGCCGAAGUCCAUGGAGGUGUUCUGCUAGGCGGCCCGCGUGGACAGCCGCCCUCUGGACUCUGGGGUUGCUGCCACUGCCCUCUCCUCCAGCCCCUCCCCCCCUGCCUGCCACGCCGCACGUAACUCGGUAUUAACCCAAAGCUUGUUUUGUAAGAGUGAGCUCUGGUGAUGACAAAGUAAGAUGGGGUUUGUCGAGGGCGCCCUUCCCCAGGGCAGGGCAGGUGGGCCAAAGAAAAAGAAGCAUCUCGGUAUCUUGUUUCCAUGAACAGGUGGCCUAGUGGCCACUCUCUCACCAGCCCUCAGAGACGCCAGACUGUCAAAAACAAGAAACACGGCAGCCAACACUUAAUAAAUCCAAGCCUUAGGCUGACCUGGGCAUCCUGGUUCCAAGGGGCAUUUUGUCGGAAGCCCGGCCCACCUACUUCCUGUUUCCUCUCCAACUAAAGAAAAACUGACCGUUUUGUUUCUGGAAACAACCCUCAUGUCUGAUGUGGGGAGGACGAGAGCAGUGAAUCAUGGGUUACUCUUUUUACUAGGUAAGACGGGAAGCAGGAGAAAGGUGGAAGGUAUGUGGAGACGAGAGGAACUUGGAAAAGCAAAUCCACGCAGUUAACUUGAAAUGGGUUUUAAAGUUGGUGCACGUGUGCCCUUGGUAAUGCCGAAGCAUACAAGCCUGCCUUUCUGGCUUUUUUUUUUUUUUUUUAAUGGACACAAAAGCUGGCAACAAAAGCUGGCUUUGCAAAGACAUGGUCUCGGCAAACAUUUGGUAUCGCGGAUUUAAGGCUUUGGCUCUGCUCUCUGCCUCUUUCUCCACAGCCCCUGUCUCCCAACCCAAAUACACAAAUGAGGGAUUGUUUCAUUCCUGGGGAAGAUCACUUAGAUGGGUAGUUGCUUUCCUUACAAUGGAGGUACAUUCCGAACAGCUGUACCCGGCUGUGAUGCGGCUCCUUGCAGUGGUGGGGGGCAGGGUUGUUGGGUGGGGGUGGGGUUUGGGUACUUGAUGUAAGAGAUCCCUGUGGUCCUGAGGGGAUCCAGUGCAGUUGUGAUUUUAGCUGAUCCCAUCCUGGCUCCCAGGAAUCAUCCAUGAUUGUGUUAAAUCCAGCGUCCAAUCUUUGACAGCUGGGGUUGAAUCUGAGCUUGAUGGCCCAACAUUCCUGACCAGGUAGCAUUCCUGCAUCUUCAGAUAGAACUGUUUGCUCUUGUACAGGGUGGGGAUUCAGGUGGGGCGUGGUGGCUGAGAAUAUAUAAGGAUUCUGGAAUGUGUAUUCCAUGCUCUUUCUUUCCCUACCCCCCACCCCCGCCCCUCUAACCUCCUUUCUCUGAAUGGGGCGGCACCACUGACAUUUGGGGGCAACGUCAGCCUUGCUGUCAAGUUCCUGUACUACUGCCUUUCGAUUUUUCAUUUUGGCUAACCAUGGAUCUUAUAGGAAGUUCGAUCAGAGUGAAUGGAACAUUGUGAAUCAGCUGCUGGGACCUAGUGGUUUCUGGGACCUUAGAGUUGGUAGAAGGGUGUGUAGUCAAGCCUUCUCAGGAGCUUGAGGGGUAAUGACUCAGCUGACCUGCCACGGACUCCCUGAGAUGCUCCCCCUGACAUUGUGCAGAAAGGUCAGGGAUCAGGGCAGGAGUAGCUGAAUCGAGACAGGAAACUGUUGUGGACAAGUCUUUCCAGAGGAGUUUCUUAAUGAGAUAUUUGUAUUUAUUUCCAGACCAAUAAAUUUGUAACUUUGCA